AUGCCAUUCGUAAACAAGCAAAAAAUGCCUCGUGUUAGUAAAUCUCCAAAAGACCCCAAUGCUCCCAAACGGCCAUUGUCAACGUUCUUCUUAUUCUCACAAGAUGAACGACCAAAAAUCAAAAAAGAUAAUCCAGCAUUAUCAGUUGCUGAUAUUGCCAAACUUAUUGGCGAACGGUGGCGUUCAAUAGGUGAAGAUAAAAAACGUCAUUACGAAGAAAAAGCUCGACAAGAAAAAGAACGAUAUGAUCGCGAAGUUGCCGCCUACAAACAACAGGGUGGUGGCAAAUAA